UGACCCAAAGAGUGUGUGACGUCGGUGUGGAAAAAUGGCAGCCUCCGUCGGGGCAACGCUUCAGCUGUGAAUCCGGUGUACUUUUUAAACUUGUGCGGCAUUAUUUCGGCAGGAGAACAGCGUUCAUUUAAUCGUGCACAGCUUCGUGGAGUGUAAGAGCUGUGGCGGCGAAGAUGAAGACCUUCUGUGGGAGAGCCAACCCGACCACCGGGGCCUUGGACUGGGUGGAGGAGAGCGAGGAGUACGACUACCACCAGGAGAUAGCGAGGUCCUGUUACGCUGACAUGCUACAUGAUCACGACAGGAAUGAGAAGUACUACCUGGGGAUCCGGGCGGCUGUGGCCAGGGUAAAGGCUCGUGGUGAGAAGGUAAUUAUCCUGGACAUCGGGACAGGGACUGGCCUACUGUCCAUGAUGGCCCUCACUGCUGGUGCUGACUUCUGCUAUGCUGUGGAGGUUUUUAAGCCCAUGGCUGAAGCAGCCCAGUGCAUCGUAGAGAAGAACGGCUUCUCUGACAGGAUCAAGAUUAUUAACAAACACUCCACUGAUGUCACUGUGGGGCCAGAUGGAGAUAUGCAGAUGAAGGCCAACAUCCUGAUAACAGAGCUGUUUGAUACAGAGCUGAUCGGUGAAGGAGCCCUGCCCAGCUAUGAACAUGCCCAUCAAAAUCUGGUCCAGGAGGGCUGUGAGGCGGUUCCUCAUCGGGCCACUGUCUACGCUCAGCUGGUGGAGUCAGAGCUUCUGUGGAGCUGGGCUCAGCUGCAGCCGGUGGAGGUGGGAGGGGCCCGUCUGGUCCCGCCGCCUGCUGUGGGCCACUGUGCUGGAGCUCAUUCAGUGUGUGACAUCCAGUUGAGCCAGGUUUCCCCAAAAAGCUUCACCCCGCUGGGUCCUCUCUGCGCCAUGUUCAGCGUGGAUUUCAGUAGGCCGGUGAGCAGUGCCUUCCAGUCCCAUUCCUCCCAGUUUGUGGCUCAGUCUAGUGGUCAGGCCCAGGUGGUCCUGUCCUGGUGGGACCUUGACAUGGAUCCGAGUGGAAGCAUUGUGUGCACCAUGGCUCCGAGCUGGAAAUACCCACAGCCAAAGAUGGCUCCAUGGCGUGACCACUGGAUGCAGAGUGUGUACUUCCUGCCUGUGGAGAGGGGGGUGACGGAAGGAGAGGAGCUCAAUCUGACUGUCUGCCAUGAUGACUACAGUCUGUGGUACAGCCUGCAGUCCCGAAGCCAGCAGACUACAGACUCACAGACAGAGGCUCUUCACUCUCGGCCGUGUUGCACCUGCCAGGCUCACCUGUUGUGGACUCGGCCUCGUUUCGGUGAACUCAACGACAGACUGCGUACAGAGAGCUAUCUCAGUGCACUGCGCAGUGUUCUGAGAGAGGACAGCGUGUGUCUCAGCGUCAGUGAUGGAAGUCUGCUUCCUGUGUUUGCUCACAGGCUUGGAGCCAAGAAGGUCUUCAGUUUGGAGAACUCCAGAAUGUCCAAACAGGUUAUCGAGCAGGUGUUGGAGGCCAACUUGAUAAGAGGAGGUGUUGAGCUGCUGGAGAUGAGGCCUGACCAGCUGACCAGGAAUGACAUAGGAGGAGAACAGAUCUCAGUUCUGAUGGGCGAACCGUACUUCAGCACCAGCCUCCUACCCUGGCACUCCCUGUUCUUCUGGUACUGUCGGACCGCCCUGGCAGGGCUCCUGCAGCCCAAUGCCACCAUCCUGCCCUGCUCUGCCACACUUCACAUGGUUGCUGUGGAGUUUGAGGAUUUGUGGAGGAUAAGAGCACCAUGUGGAACCUGUGAGGGUUUUGACGUCACACCCAUGGAUGAAAUGGUCCAGCAAUCUCUGGAUUUCCAUGAGUCCCGCGAGGCAGAGCCCCACCCCCUGUGGGAGUACCCGUGCCGCGCUCUGACUCAGUCCACAGCCACCAUGACCUUCGACUUCACGCAGUGUGUCCCUCAGCAGCCAAUCAGCAGAAAGGGCUCAGUGCCUCUCAUAAGGGUUGGUCGUUGCCAUGGUGUCGCGUUGUGGAUGGAAUACCACCUAACUCAUGACAUCACUAGUAGUGCAGGUCUGAUUGGACCAAUCAGUGAACAGGGUGACUGUGAGUGGGUUCGACACAGGAAGCAGGGGGUGUAUUUCUUCAGGUCCCCUUGGGAGAGCUCAGGGGAUGGCAGAGCUGCGGUGUCUUACAGCUUCACUUUUGAACCCAGUUUAGGAGACAUUAAGAUGGACUUCAGCAUCGAGUCUGGGUGACAUGGGACAAUGUUGGACUGAAGAAAAUUAUGUUUUUUACCUUGUUUGCAUUUUUGGUGGAUGUAACAUCUGUGUUUCAGCCAGUAUUGUUCCCUAAUCCAAUAUCGGAAAAAUGAAAAUGUAACCGUUUAACCCCUAAACCAGAAUUCACUGUUUUUAGACUGUGGAAGAUGACAGCCUUCCACCAAAGCCCUGAACAUAAUUGAUCAUAUUAAUGAGUAUAAAAAUGAUUUACGCAAGUAAAUAAUUCAUGUGAAGUGCUUUUCUUUAAGCAACUAGUAGAGUUUUUACCAACGCUAUAAUAAUUAAACACUUGUGUGAAAUUAAACAUUUUUGUUUAAUUAUUGGGUGUUUGUUCCAUAUCAGGGUCCUUACAGCAAAAGAAAUUGGGUGAACUUUGAAAGCUUUGUGAAUUACUGUCAAUUACCAAAAUGUGUUGUUAUAGAAUAAAUUUUUUAGUAGUUG